CCAUGCUUUCUGUGCAGAAUGACAUUUACGAGUGGAGCCGAGACCACCGUGUGCACCACAAGUACUCGGAGACGGACGCAGACCCGCAUAACGCCCGCCGCGGCUUCUUCUUCUCCCACAUUGGCUGGCUAUUCGUGCGCAAGCACCGGGAAGUCAUAGAGAAGGGGAGGAAACUGGAUUUCACUGACCUGCUGGACGACCCCGUCGUCAGGUUCCAAAGAAAGUAUUACAAGAGUUCGGUUGUGCUGAUGUGCUUUGUGAUCCCUACCUUUGUGCCGUGGUACCUCUGGGGUGAGAGUCUGUGGAAUGCGUACUUCCUUGCCUCCAUCCUCCGGUACACCAUCUCCCUCAAUGUCACCUGGCUGGUCAACAGUGCCGCUCAUAUGUACGGCAACCGCCCUUACGACAAGUACAUCAACCCCAGGCAGAACACCUUUGUCACUCUGGGAGCCAUUGGUGAGGGUUUCCACAACUACCACCACACCUUCCCAUUUGACUACUCAGCCAGUGAGCUGGGCCUGACGUUCAACCCCACCACCUGGUUCAUUGACUUCAUGUUUUGGUUGGGGUUGGUCACUGACCGCAAGCAGGCUCCGAAGGAGAUGAUCCAGGCUCGCAAGGAAAGGACUGGAGAUGGCAGUGCUUGA